CGCCCCGCCCCCGCGGGAUCCGCCCCUCCCGCCGCAGCCACCGCUGGGUCCGGGCCUGGGGAGGCGGCGGGCCGGGGGGCCGCGCCGGGACGGGCGCCGGGACCAUGCUGGGCAAGGACUACAUGCUGGCCAUCGUCCUCGUCAACUGCGACGACAACCUCUGGAGUGACCAGAGCCUGGAGACAGACCCUGACCUCCCCCCAGGCUGGAGGAAAAUCUGUGACUCUCUGGGCACCUACUACUGGCAUGUGUCAACUGGCACGACACAGUGGCAGCACCCUGCACACACCACUUGCCCAGGAGGGCACCUGGAGGCUGAUGGAGAGGAGACACUCCAGGGAAUGGACUGCCAGGCCCCUGUGGCAAAGCACUUGGCAAAGAACAGGCCCAUUCCCAGCCCCAUGGCUUCGCUGUCCCAAAGGACCUCACUGCCCUGGCAGGGAGAUGACUUCCAGCACAGCGCAGAGCCUGGCUCCAAGUGCUUUGCUGUGCGUUUGCUGGGCUCGGUGGAGAUCCCCGAGGAGGACCUGGCACCUGGCAAGAGCAGCAUCGCUGUCAAUAACUGUAUCCAGCAGCUCUCCAACAGCAAGGGCCAGGGCUCUGGGGAGAACCAGGGUGAGGGCCAAGACCUGGUGAUGAUCCUGAAGAAGGACACCAUGAGCCUGGUGGACCCCCUUGACCACAGCCUCAUCCACCGCCAGCCCAUCCUCAACAUCCGUGUCUGGGGUGUUGGCUGCAACAAUGGCAGGGACAGAGACUUCGCCUUCGUGGCCAGUGACAAGGACACCUGUGUCCUCAAGUGUCACGUCUUUCACUGCAAUGUGCCUGCCAAAGGCAUCGCCAAGGCCCUGCAUGAGAUGUGCUCCAAGAUUGUGGCUGAGCGAGCUGUAGCAAGCAGCAGGCUGCCAUGUGCCACUACACUGGAGCCCGUCUCCACCGAGGACCUGCCACUGCAAGUGGAUAUCCUGGAAGCGGUGAGGCAGUCUAUGCAGACCUACAAGGCGCUGUACAUUGGAAGCCUGCCUGUGCCCAGGGCCAUGGGGAUGGAUGUGCUGAACAAGGCCAUUGAAAAGCUGACAAGGGGGCCUGGGCGGGAGCACUGGAUGCCUUCCCUCAUCCACGUAUCUGACACAGCCAUGCGGGUGCACCCCGCGCAGGUGGGAAGGGGAACAGGGGGCUAUGGCCGAAGCAGGCACCCUGCUGCCACUGGGGUAGGACAGGCAACCCCCACAGGGGACCCAGAGGACGAGGAAGCAGCACACAUCUGGGAGUGCCAGGUGCGGUAUGUGACCUUCCUGGGGGUGGGCCGGGAUGCCCACACCUUUGCACUCAUCGUGGACACGGGGCGAUGCUUCCAGUGCACAGCCUUCUGGUGCGAGCCCGACGCCGGCACCAUCUCGGAAGCAGUGCAGGCAGCCUGCAUGGUGAGCGGGAGCAGGAAUCCCCCCAACUCCCCAGCCCUGUGGGACACCUGCGGGAGGAGGAGGAGGAGGCAAGCGCUGGGAACAGAGGAGGGCAAAGCUGAGGGCCUGAGUGGGAUGCCCAACCCUGGGGGGCGGCAGGGACGGGAAGGAGCUGACCCCUCGGAGCCGCAUCCAACCCCUCGCCACACCCAACCCCCCAGCGAUGCCACCCUGCGGCCACGCCUCGUGGUAUGCGGCCCUGCGGUGGUGUCGCCUUGUUCCUCCACCCCACGGCCACGCCCUGUGCCUCGCGUCCCCACAGGUGCAGUACCAGAAGUGCCUGGUGCCGCUGCACCGGCUAAGGUGAAAGGCGCGACAGGCCGGGGCUGGGCCGGGCCGACGGCCACAGGGGACGCUGCCACCGGGGCGGCCAAGGCGAGCGCGAGCAGCGGAGGUGCGGCGGGGCCCGGUGCCCGCAGGCGCGGUCUCUUCUCCUUGCUGGAGGCCUUCCGCCUCAGGCGAACUCUCCUCCACAGCCCGUAGGGGGCCGGGGCGGGGGCCGGGGG